GUCAAAAUAUUAAAAAAAAAAAAAUAGAAUUGGUCAACUAGAUGUCGGCAACAACUUUUAGGAAAUAAAACUUUAAAGUUAAACAACUCCCCUAAGACCAUAUGCAUAUGUGAUUGGAUGAAUAACUCGCAGUUCACUCCUGAAUCCUGAUCAGUCAAAACUUCACUCAAUCUUUGCACAACUUUUCAUUUCCCCAAAAAAUUAAAAAUUCCCAACAUUAAAAUAAUUUUAUCUUUAAAUUUUGAUACUCUAUUUCCUUUAUCUCAGAAAACCCAUCACUUUUUCCUGUUUUUAACUCUUCCUCUUCUUGUUCAAUUUGCAAAUUGCAGUAACUUCACAAAACCAUCUCCAAAAACAGAUCAAUUUGAGCACUAAAUUGCUUGUUCUUACUAGAACAACUACUAUAAUCAACUAAGUGAAGAAGCAGCACAUAAAGUUUCAAUCUUUACUCCAAAAUGGCUUUUUUCAUGGGAUUAUUUCUGGGGAUUGUUGUUGGUCUCUUAAUUAUUACUGCCUUUGUUCGUUGUGAAAAUGCUAGAUCCAAAUCUCGUUCUCAACUUGCAACAAUAGUUGCAGCGUUUGCAAGAAUGACAGUGGAAGAUUCUAGAAAGUUGCUUCCUCCACCUUAUUAUCCGUCUUGGGUUGUUUUCUCUCAUAGGCAAAAGUUGGAUUGGCUUAAUUCCCAUCUGUGUAAAAUUUGGCCUUAUGUGGAUCAGGCAGCGUCAGAGCUAAUCAGGGAAUCAGUGGAGCCCAUCCUAGAGCAAUACAGACCAAUUAUAUUGUCAUCCUUGAAAUUUUCCAAGUUCACUCUUGGAACUGUUGCCCCCCAAUUUACAGGGGUUUCAAUUCUUGAUGAUGAAGGCGAAGGUGUUACUAUGGAGUUAGAAAUGAACUGGGAUGGUAAUCCUAGCAUUAUUCUUGAUAUAAAGACUAGGCUUGGUGUAUCACUGCCUGUGCAGGUAAAGGACAUUGGAUUCACUGGUGUUUUCAGGCUGAUAUUUAAGCCUUUAGUUGAGGAAUUGCCAUGUUUUGGAGCUGUCACAUUCUCAUUGAGAAAAAAGAAAAAGCUAGACUUGACACUUAAGGUUAUUGGUGGAGACAUGACUGCGAUUCCGGGGUUGUCUGAUGCUAUUGAGAGCACAAUAAGAGAUGCAAUUGAAGAUUCUAUAAUGUGGCCUGUCCGAAAAAUAAUUCCCAUUCUACCUGGCGACUACAGUGACCUAGAAUUAAAGCCUGUCGGGAUGCUAGAGGUAAAGCUUGUACAAGCUAAAGAACUGACAAACAAAGAUCUGAUCGGAAAAUCAGAUCCUUAUGCUGUAUUAUAUGUACGUCCAACGCGUGACAGAACAAAAAACAGUAAAACAAUUAACAACCAGUUGAAUCCAAUUUGGAAUGAACACUUUGAAUUCAUUGUAGAAGAUAAAUCUACUCAACACUUGGUGGUUAAAAUAUAUGAUGAUGAAGGUCUUCAGGCCGCUGAACUUAUAGGCUGUGCUCAGUUCCAGCUAAAAGAUCUUGAGCCCGGUAAAGUGAAGGAUGUGUGGCUCAAGCUAGUCAAAGAUUUGGAGGUCCAGAGAGACGUAAAAAAUAGGGGGCAGGUACACUUGGAGCUUUUAUACUGUCCAUUCGGUGCAGGAAAUGGUGUUUCGAAUCCUUUUGCAGCAUCUAUGACGUCUUUGGAGAAGGUUCUUAAAAACGGAGAUCAUGAGAUCCAAGAUGCAGAAAAUGGCCCAAGUCUUGUCCCCAAGAGGAAGGAGGUUAUUGUCAGAGGGGUGCUGUCUGUAACGGUGAUUUCUGCUGAUGAUUUGCCCGCAGCUGAUAUAAUGGGCAAGUCCGACCCUUAUGUUAUUGUCACUAUGAAAAAGUCUCAAAUAAAAAACAAAACCAGGGUUGUGAACGAAAGCUUGAAUCCAGUUUGGAACCAAACCUUUGACUUCCUUGUUGAAGAUGGGCUUCACGACAUGCUUAUGUUGGAAGUAUGGGAUCAUGACACAUUCGGGAAGGACUAUAUGGGUAGAUGCAUCUUGACAUUGACAAGGGUGAUACUAGAAGGGGAAUAUAGAGACAGUAUUCCGUUGGAUGGAGCUAAGACGGGUACCUUGAACUUGAAUCUGAAAUGGUCGCCUCAACAUGUGUACCGUGAUUGACAGAUUUUAGAUUCAAUUGUACAUUAUACAGCUGAUCCUCUUGAGUAUGUACAAAAGGAAUCAAACCUAGAGCUGUAUAGCUUAUACAGAAAAAAGCUUUAUUGGAACAAGUUUAAACAUUCCAACUUUGUUAUUGUGGUUCUGCGGAAACAAUAAACUGUAAAGUACCCUAGCAUUUGAUGUAUAUUGUAGAAAUUUGAAAGGCGGAGGGAAUGGCAGUUUUGUUCGUUCACUUCUCUUA